GCACUGAUCAUUCCUCAAAGAAAACAAAGAAAAGUAAAAGAGAAGGAAGACGAGGCUGCGAUUGCAUAGAAUCCGAGAAACCCGCGACAGCAAGACAUUCCUCCCUCCUAGAAGAGCAAAAUCCCCGGCCCAACCGGAAAAAAAAAACCCGUCGCUUGAAAACCACCCAAGAAGAUGGUAGCUCGCAAGUUCCUCGUUCACCACAAUCAGUCUCUCUUCCAUGUCGACUACGACACCGAAGACGGCCUCGACGUACUCAAAUUCCAGCUCUUUUCUCUCACUUUAAUCCCUCCCGACGAACAAAAGAUCUUUGGAGAGAAGAAUGUCCUCAUUAGCACGGAUUCUGAGCUCGAUUCAGUUGCUGAGAAACUCCGUUUGGUAUCCAUCGGCCAUGACGGCCAAGAAGUAGAAGAAGAAGAAGCAGCGGCUGCUAGUUCAUCUGAUGCUGCUGACUUACUGAAAUCCGAUGAAGAAUUGGCUCGGACCUUGCAGGCGGAAGAGGAGGCACUCUUCUUUCAGCAAUUCCGUGCUGGUGAAGACCGGGAGGAGUUUGAGAAGAGGAUUAGGCCUUAUGUGAAGCAAGUUCUCUUGUAUGAAGAUUCAGCUCGGCAAGAGGCUGCCCACAAGACGGUUCCUGUUGAUGAAUUGGAGGAGAAGGCAUUGGUUUCUUUGGCCAAGGAGGGGAACUUCAGACCUUCAAAGCAAGAGCAAGAUCAUGCCUUCUUGCUGCAAUUGCUUUUCUGGUUCAAACAGUCAUUCAGGUGGGUAAAUGCACCUCCUUGUGAUGGUUGUGGCAUUGGAACCAACUUUACUGCCAUGGGUGUUCCACUUCCUUCUGAGCUGCAGUUUGGAGGCUCGCGAGUUGAACUUUAUAGGUGCAAUAGCUGCUCAAUCAUCACCCGUUUUCCACGGUUCAAUGAUCCAUUCAAGCUUCUGGAGACUAGGAGAGGACGUUGUGGAGAGUGGGCCAAUUGCUUUACUCUCUAUUGUAGAUCUUUUGGUUAUGAAUCUCGUCUGAUCUUGGAUUUCACUGAUCAUGUAUGGACAGAAUGUUUUUCAGAAUAUUUAGGAAGAUGGAUGCAUCUUGAUCCAUGUGAAGGAAUAUAUGACCGUCCAUUGUUAUAUGAAACAGGCUGGAACAAGAAUCUGACUUACGUAAUUGGUAUUGCAAAAGAUGGAGUUCAUGAUGUCACUCGACGUUACACAAGGAAAUGGCAGGAGGUUCUAUCUAGACGGAAUAUUACGACAGAGCCUAUUGCCUCUGCUGUUCUUUUUGACAUUACAAAUGAAUGUCGGAAAACCCUUAAUUCUCAAGCAAUUUCAAAACUUGAAGAUCGUGACAGGAAAGAAGCAAAAGAACUUGAUAGAGGACUCCUUUUUCAAGAUGCUGCUUUGAUAUCAUUACCAGGAAGACAAAGUGGGGCCAAGGAAUGGCGCAUAGCAAGAAGUGAACUGGGUACCAAUGACAGUGAUUCUUUGAGUUGUUCUUCGUGCCCAGUCCGUAUUUGUGUAGAUGACCAUGUUACAAAGAUCUAUGAUGCCUUCUCUCAUCUCUUGUCUCAAUUAGUUAGUAGUGGUAUUUCCAAAGACAUAACUCUAGAAAUGUUAGAGAUGCUCAAAAGGAUGCUGGUCGAUCUCCAGAAAAUCUCUUUUAAAGUGCGCAGAGCUACUAUAGAUUCAAAUUCUAAUGCCUCAUUCUUCUCCAAGCAUCAAGUUAUGCCCUAUGUAGAUAGGUUACUUUCUGCUCUUUCCCUGAAGAGGGCAUCGGAGACAGAUGGAAGGGUGGACAUUUGUUUGGCUGGUGAUCCUGUCAAAACUUCUUUAGCUUUGCCUGUGGCAUUAGAUGCCCUUGACAAUGCCAUUUUUAAUCUUAACAAUAUUAAAAGCUUCAGUAGAGAAUCCCUCUUUCUACCACUAUUGAAGUUCAACAGAAUAUCUUCAGGCUCAGUCCUUGCAAGUGGUGAAGAGCUUCCUUUCGGAAUUGCUACAUCAGCAUUUGAUGGUAUUCAUAUUUCUAAAUGGGAAGAGCCAAAUGGUGGCAAAGGUUGUUGGAUCAUAUACAAAGUAAAGAAUGGGCAGAUGCACAAUCUGGAGGCAUAUGAACUGAUGUCAGCCAAUGAUGCACCGGAGAGAGAUCCAAUGGAUUGGAUUGUUGAGGGAAGUGAUGAUGGUGGCUCCAGCUGGAAUGUUCUGGACAAACAAACUUCGCAAAAUUUUGAAAGUCGUUUCCAGCGCAAAACAUUUAAGAUAGAUUCCAACAAACACAUGUCAAAUGCUUUCAGGUUCAGAUUUCUGGCUGUUCGAGAUGGUAACGCGACAUCACGAUUCCAAAUAGGCAGUAUUGAUCUUUAUGCGAAGGUGAGUUAAUUUUAUUUAUAUGAUAAAUACACUAAAAAAAAAAAAAGGUCUUGCUGCUUCUGUCUGUAAUGAUAAUCCUGCAAAAUAAUGUUAGGAGUCUUCAUGAUAAUAAGGUGUGUCACCUGAACAUGUGUAACAACAUAUUAUUAUGUAUUGUUUACAUGCAUGAUUCAAAUAAAUGGAAACUACAAUUUAUACCAA